AAGAUCUGAAAAUGAAAGAAACCUUGGCUGGGUUUCGCGGUGAGCUUCUCUCACUCUCGCGUCUCAGCAGAUGUACGACCAUUUGCCGUGGCAGCUGCUCUACUCACCACCGUAAACUUCGAGCACCAGACCCGGAUCUAGAUUCGAGCUGACCCCUACGAUUCCAAUCUUCUCGAUCGUCGUAAUCUUCGUCUUCACCGCGCUCGACAUAGUCAGAUCCGAUAAAUCAAAACUCCAUACGUCUCGCACGGCAUUAAUUCAUCGAAGCUUCGCCCGAUGGUAGCCGGUAUCUCCAGUUCAAGUCGCAUAAUUGCACGACAAACCGGUUUCUCGCGGUGCAAACUUGAGGUUGCCGGAUGGAAAGAUGCACACAGGCGCUCAGGGCUCUCGGCAUGGCCCUGGAUCGCGAUGGUGGAGUAGGGAAAAGGUAUACCGGGCCCGAGUGGAGCAUUUACGGUUUCAUGAUGAAGGGAGGGGGGGUUGACUCGUGCUUCGUGCCUAAAUGGAUGGAAAACAGGGACGACGAUCUCGUGUGGAGCCACUGGAGAAAAGUUUGUUCCUGUGGAUGGACGGAGAUUUGUUGAUUAUUAAAUAAACAUGCUUUUGACGAGGGAAUUAUCGAUUAUUGAUGAUCAGUUUAAUAAAAUUUAGAAGUCACAUGUAAAAAGAAAUUGUAAGAGGGUAAAAAUCGUGUAUAUUUUAUUUUUUGAGUUCAAAAUUUUGAUUCGUUACAACGAGUUAUUCUUUGAAUAUAACCUUUUGAAUAUAUAAAUAUAUACGAUCGUGGUAAAAUCGAAAAAUCUAAAUAUUUAAGAAAGCACAGGGCAUCGAUUAAUAUAACGACACUACUGGCGCACCGUAGGACCCGGGUAGAGAGACAUGGGCCCGUUUGAACUACGGCAUUCGCGUCCCGAGUGUUUCAGGGGGGGGUUCUCUAGUGCGGCGGAUCAUAAGUACGUGUGUACCUUCGUCUCGUCGAACUUUUCCGUUACUUUGUGUUAUUCAGUGAAAGUGAAAUAAAAUUCGUUUCCGUGUCUAUUUUCCAUGAUAAUAAACAAAGUGACGUCUAAACAUUGAUAAUACACCAUCGUGUUCUCUUUUUUUCCCCUUAACUGAUAAAUGGUGUUCUAACUGUCGAAAGCUAUACGUAAAUCGUGAUACUUCCACCAGGUGGCAUGGAAGUUCUUUAAACGGAAAACAGUCAUUUUAUUUAAAAAUUUUCGACAAGUUCUUUUGUUUUAUAUAUUCUAAUAUUUUCGUGUUCGUUAUCGAAUUAUUGCAAAGUUUUUAUUCGUCAUGAUAAAGGAUAUUUCAAAUGACAAAUUUCGAAGUUGAAUCAUCGAUAUUCAAGAAAUAUUUUUUGAUAAAUAUGAUGAAAUUAAUGUGAAAGUAAACGAAAGUGUCGUGAUUGAGAUGAUGCUCGAUUCACCGAUGCGACAGAUCAAACGUAUAUUGCAGUUCCGGUGGGGUCACCGGAAGUAGCUAAGCGUGACGGCGGCAGUUCUAACGGAAAAACGUGGGAAUUUGUAUCGUACCUCUUCACCUCAUUGUCAGCCGCAUCAUUAAUUGGCGUAUAACGAGCUGCGCAAUAAUCGCGUUAAACAUUCGCGUAACGGACAAAUCUUUCUUCUCGUGCUUCAAAUUAUAUAAAUGAAACGUAACUAUAAAUGUAUAAAUGAUAACUCAUCUUUGCGAGUAAAUAAUGGCAGAAUAUUUAUCGAAACCUUAAUCAAUGCGUGAAAGGAGGUCGAGGAUAAUCGAGUUAAAUAAUUCACGAACGAUUCUCUCCUUUUAUUCUUUUCAAACCAUGAUUUUUCAAUGACAAAUCGAUUUGCAAUCGAAAAUAAAAAUACGUCACGGGAGCAUCCGUUUCCUUGAUUCCGAACACUCGUCAAAUUAAUCAACGUCGAUCGAUCAAACUCGUGCAUAUUCGAUUGGGAAGAAAUGAAAUUGCAUUCGAGUAACGGCUUCCUGGCGACGCGAUUGAAAGUUUUUUCGUUCACAGAACGGUCGCUUAAUUCGUCAAAUCUGAUUGUAUGCGAUCAUUAACUAUUUGAUGAUCAAAUGAAAUUUGCACAUCCUUCAAAAACUACUUAAGAACAUCUCUUUCAUAAGAAACUCGACCGGCUUUAAUUAAAACGAGUAUAUACACGGAAACAAACGAAACAGCUCGUUUUUAUUACAAAGGUAGAGAAGUGUUGAUUCAGUGGAAUGCUCCUGAGGCGAUUCAAGAUUCAAGAUUUUUGUCCUCUCAACCACUUUUUCUAAAGAAUUAACACGCGACACGAUCGAAAUUCACGAGUAAAUAAUCGAGGAAAAUUUCGUCAUCGAUUAAAAAUAACGAGAGAGAUAUUCGUCGUGUACCGGAUGAUUAUUGGAAAGCAAAAGCAACGAGUAUAUCGCGCGAAUAGCGAACGAGCAACAGGAUACAGUUGCUCCCUCCACUGGACGUAAGGUAGGCCAGACAACAGAGACGGAUAGUAUGAAAUGGAGAGAGAGUAGCCGAGGGAUCCCACUCUAGGUAGAGUUCAUGACGUCAAUCUUCGGGGCCAAGUCGCACGACCAGUUUGAACUGCUAGCUCGCCGUAAGAAGGGAAGAAGAAGAGGAAGAAGAGGCGACACUGGUCUCUCGAACUGUUCCUCGAUCGGUCCUGAUAUGUGUACAUUUUUACCGGCCGGCACUCGUACCGCCGCCAUGUGUAUCCAAACUGUUCUCUCGUCUGAUCGUGUGUCAUACAUCGGUGGACAGGUUUGUCUACAUAUAUAAAGAUUCUCCGAUUGAGGUUAAUUAAAUUUGUGAUCAAACAGUGUGUCAAAUAAGAGAAGGUAAACGGGUUCGCUUGUUGAGAUUGAUGAAUCGAUAAAAAUGAUGGAAUACGACAAAGAAUAGAAAAAAGAGCGUAGAGUGUCGUGAAGACCAGUCAAUAUAAUCGCACACCUGGUGCCAGUGAUAAAUAGUGUGCAUGGAAGCGAAUGCAAGUCGAGCAGUGGAGACUCGCGAUGGAACUUGGUUGUUCGGUGACAAUACCUUGGUCGAUCGGGAAGCCCCCACAGUUAUCCGCCUUCUUAGACCUGAAUCUUAGCUUGGACAUUAUAAUAUCUUAUCCAAUCGCGCGAAUUCGUGGUAGUUUAAUUGAGUAGAAGCCAAAAAAGAUACGUGCACGAAUAUAAUUAGGAGAUCGGUAAACAGAUUGUGACAGUGGUUUUGUGAAAAUCUAACGAAACAAAUAUUAAAGUGGCCGAAAAUUAAUUUUUGUAUAUCUAAUAAAAUAGUGACAUUAAGGCAGACAAGUGUUAUGAACUGGAAAGUUAUAUUCUGAGGAUUAAAACGAGGGAUCGAAGGAAGGAACAUUUGAACGAAGAGGAAUAGCAAAGUACACGGACGUUCGAUGAUAUCGUGUAUGGUGCAACGAGGAAAACAACGAACGACGAAGCCGUUGUGUUUGGAUACUUGACGCGGUCGCUACUGCGCGUCGUGAAAACAUCGACGCCAGAAGAGAAAUGGGAAACCACCCGUCCGCCCACCAACCGCUCGAGAGAGCUACCAACCAUGCUGGAAAUGGUCUUCGCCUCUCGAAGCGAGAGAGGUUACCGGGAAAAAGAAUGGACCGACUUCGACGAAGUUUUCGUGAUAGCUUUCGACGGCGGAAAGAUCCUCAUGUACCGGAAUCAAGUAAACCGCAUCAAUGGCAAGCGGACGAAACGGCUGUCCGCUCGGCCACGUGUGCUUUCCAUGUUAAGUACCUGGGAUGUGUUGAGGUGUUCGAAUCAAGGGGUAUGCAAGUGUGCGAGGAAGCUCUAAAAGUACUUAGGAACUCGAGGAGGCGGCCGGUACGUGCAGUGCUGCACGUAUCAGGAGACGGUUUGCGGGUGGUUGAAGAUGAGACAAAAGGGCUGAUCGUCGAUCAGACGAUAGAAAAAGUUUCCUUUUGUGCUCCGGAUCGAAAUCACGAGAAAGGGUUCAGUUACAUCUGUAGAGACGGCACGACCAGACGGUGGAUGUGCCAUGGAUUUUUGGCAUUGAAAGAAUCGGGAGAACGUUUGAGUCAUGCAGUGGGAUGUGCUUUUGCUGCGUGUCUGGAAAGAAAGCAACGAAGGGACAAGGAAUGCGGUGUCACGAUGACGUUCGAUUCGAAAACUUCAACCUUCACGAGGAGCGGCAGUUUCAGGCAGCCAUCUUUAACCGAACGAUUGCAGGAUUCGCGCGAACGCGCCGUAGAUGUACCACCUAUAAAGCAAGUCUACAAUCCUUUUGCGAUAGAGAGACCACACGCCACCCCAUCGAUGCUCGAAAGACAAGGUUCCUUCCGGGGUUUCACUCAAUUGAACCAAGCAUCACCGUUCAAAAGGCAGCUUAGUUUACGGAUUAACGAUCUUCCUAGCAAUCUUGAACGCACACGUAGCCAUAGCCUUGAACCGACGGAUUUGUCACGGAUGCCAUCUGCUAUGUCUCACAUCGUACCUCUGAAGCCACCAGAAUUCGAAGGAUAUGACGAAGUUAGUCCAAUACCAGAAAUAUCACCCGGGGGUCAAGAUAGCGUUUCAGCGAUGUGUCAGCAACUUUCACAAGGUCUUUCUCUUCUUUCGAGGACCGACGACUUCGGACCAAUCUCUACGCAAAGCAGUACAAGCUCUGUGGCUAAACAGCUCUUCACCAGUACCACUGCUAAUAAUACUCCACCAGUGACGAGUAGCAAUUCGUUGGACGAAUUAAAACUGCAAAAUGGUCCAAGUUUGAACAACAACAACAACAACAACAACAACGAUAAGAACGACGAUCUCAGUAAUUUGAAUCACGUUGGACCCAGUUGGCAGGAAGCUCCGUCACCUGUUUUGGCUUCGAAUCACAGGCUUACACCAAUCUUGAAUAAAACCAGCAAUCUUAGUCCCAUCCUUCCAAGAACGAACGCGCCUACACCGAUAGUUAUGAGCACCCCCGCACCCAAUACCACUGUCAGUGUGUUUGGAACACCAGCCUCGGCCAGUCCAGCCUUCAGCACAGCGUCCACGUCCUCCUUAGCAAAUGCGCCCACACCGGCUAUGAACAGGUCGCCGAUACCAGUGACUUCAGUGAUGACUCCCAAGACCAGCUCACCGACCACCAGCAUGGCAUCCGUCUCACCGGCUCUAUCUGGAAAGAUUUCUAAUGAUGUUAGUCAAAUUAAUCAAACCUCAGUGGCGAAUACUAUCACUACAUCAGCGGUCCAAUCAGUUUCAACAACAGCCGCAUUGCCAAAGCCGGAGCAAUGGCUGGGCAGUAUAACCAGCUCGGUACCACCUUCAGUGCAAUCUCCUUCGCAAGGACAAAUAAGUCCUCGACGGGCACCACCUCUUCACGCGAGGGCGCUCUCCCUCGGUUCAGCCGCCAUGAAUCAGGCGACCAGAACUGGUCCUUCGGAUCCAUUCGACGCGGAAUGGGCAGAAAUAGCGGCGAGGAAUCUGCGACAAUCGAGCACCACAAACCCGUUCAUAAUGCCAAACGCGACCCAAGCAUUCCAGGUGCAAUUGUAGCGCCAGGAGUUUGUCAACAGCGUGGCCAAGUACUUCCGUUCGAAUACAUAGUGACGACUCCACGUCCGUUCGCGUUUCGACCUCUCGAAUAACCGGAAGUAUUACACGUGAACCGCGUUAAUCUUGAUGGAAUCGCGUGGUUUCGAAUGAGUAAUUCUCCAGUGGAGAUUCCGAAUGAUUGAUCACGGUAAAGAGCCGUGCGAUGAAGAAGGAUCUCCAGGAAAAGCGAGGGACGGAGGUAUCGAUCUCGAAGAGAUGUGUUUAGUAGCAAUGAUUGAUAUAGAAGUAAAUCAGCACAAAACACGUACCCGUUGUUUCUAGAUAUUAGUAGAUUACGCACACACAGCCUCAAUAACCUCGAAUUGGGAUACGAGAAGAGUGAGAGGAAAUAUGAAUUUGAAAUAAAGAAAAUGCUUUCUGGGACCACGCGUUCGAUCGCGUUGGUGAACGUGGAUUAUUUAAUUAAGAGACCCAUUAAGAAACGGUCGAUCGAUCGGCCAAGUCGCACGAUUUACUUUAGAUGUCGUCGCACUUUAUCUGCGGAAAAAACUAGAUAACGUCGUUAAUAUCGAUAACAUAUUUAAAUGUCUAUCGUGAGAUUACUUAAUUAAACGAGGUGUACAAUAAUCUUGAAUAGUUUAGGCUAAAAAUGAUUAUCGUUCAUUCUGCAUGAUGAAACAAAAUUUCCACGCACCCAAGAUUAUGAUGCACCAAUCAGAUGUUUCGUCGAAGAUAAAAAACGUAAAAAAAAAAAGGAGAAAAAAUACAAAAAAAUAAAUAAGAUACCAGAAAUAAUAAUGAAAAUAACAAUGCUAGUAGCUUAGUUCGAAUGCAAAUCCACGCGAUAAACGUGGCUCGAUAAAAAACAAUUAUUAUCAGAUAGUUAUUUUUCUUUUCAAACGGCCAACAAUCGAGGUGUGUAAAUGAAAAAUUCUGUCGUAGUUACCCGGCUCGAAAUAUCAAAAAUUGUCAAGUUUUAUUAACGAUGAGCAAAAAAAAAAAAACUUAGAUAACAAAAUAAACAAAAAAAAAACAAAUUAAAAAAAGAAAAAAAAGUUAUAAUCGAGUACUUAUAAAUUGAUUUAUACAUUGGAUUGAUACUGGCGCAAUUGAACACCAAAAUAGCGGACUGUGAUACAUGUAGCCAAAAUGGCCAGUACUUAAACUUAAAAAGAAUCAGACUGUCAUAAAUUUUGCUCAAAAAUUUCUCCAUCUGAAACGACAGAGAAAAAAACGGUUACGAGCUUGGGUAGCGCAGAAUCUAUUAUUCCCUGGCCAGCAGAAUUAAUCACACAAAUCCUAAACACACGUAUACAACUUAGAAUAUUUAAGAGCAAAAAUUAGAUGUUAAAAAAGUUUCUAGAAUCAGUACGUUCCACGCUAUUGUUGUCUAAUAUCGUACAUACGAACGGGUUGAGCAUUCAUUGUAAAAGAUUGUUUUGAAAUUUGAGAGGAUGUAUUGAGGUGUGUUAGAUGUAGAUGAACGAUACGACAUUAUGGUUUUGCAGCAGUGAUGUUGUGUUGUUCGAUAGCUUUAUAUAUUUAAAUAGCGUCAUAUAAUCAUAUGUAUAUUGCGCUAUUUAGAUUUGAUGUGAUUCGAUACUUUUAUAUGUCCAAUGUCAGAAUCCUAUUAUUAUAAUUUUAUUGAAUUAUUGGAAUAUAUAAAUCUAUCGAAUUGUAUAAUGAUAUUAGUGCACAUUAUAAAGAUAUUGAAUCGUAUAUUGUCACCGCUGAAAAAUCGUAAAACGUAUUAUACAUUUACAUCAAGCAUUACAAAUAUUGUUUGCAGACUUGCCUGCACAUAGAUUUUUAAAUACCUGCAGAAAAAUAUAGUACGAAAUAUUAUAGUAUACGAUAUAUAAACGAUAUAACAAUUUAUGUAAUAUUAGUGGAAGAGAUAUAUGUAGAUUCAAUCAUACAAUCAAGUCAUACAGUCUUUAAAUUGUUAUCUCUCUUUAAAUUGUUUCGGUUUUCAAAAUAUAUAAAUUAUGAAUUUGAUAAAUUUUACUGGUCUCAUAAUAUCUCUUCUACCAGCGAUAAUUAUUUGUAAAUAAUUUAUGCGACUAUUUGCAGACAAUGUUUGUAAACUAUGCCUUUAGAUGAAAAAUGGCUCGCGCACAUGUAAUAGGAUACAUAAAAGGUGCUUCCGCUUGAAACAAGACCAAAAAAAAGCACACACAAGAAAAAUAAAGAAUAAGAGAUAAAACGAAGAUUGUUUCACGAGUCAACAGGAAAACAACGAUGAUGUUGUAUUCCGACGUGAACCUAUAGCACUAUAGAUUGUUAUGCGAAUUAUGUCAAUUGUUGAACGAUUACGGAGAUUUGUGAAUGUUCUCCACAUCCUAUAUAUUGAUAAACAUGGGGUUAAUGUUGCAUCUUAAAGCUUCUUUCACUUUUAGUCGAUGAAUAAGCUUUUAAUUUCUUGAAUUGAUGAUGAUUUUAUAGCAACCCCUUGUUAUAAUAUAUAUAUAUAUAUAUCUUUCUACCUUCAUAUAUAUAUAUAUCUUUUCUAUUUCAAAAGAUAUUUUCGAUUAAUAAUAAUAUUCUCUUACAGAGAAAAGUUAAAGAAAAGAUUUUCUUUCCCCGUUAUAAGAUAAAUGUUUUAAAUCUAUAAUUUAUUCUUCUAAGUGCCCAUAUAUAUAUUUCAAAAAUUAUUCAUGUAAAUGCUAAAUAUGAUAAAUUCUUUUCAACUACAAAGAUCCAGAAACAUAAUAUGAAAAAAAAUCAUACAUUAUGUCACGUUACAUGGCAAGGGGUUGCCAUCGAACAGGGGUAAAAAGAGGUGGAGGCAAUAGAUAGAAUGACUUCGUCAUUGAUGGAGAAGAGGGUACGUGUUCGAUCGUCGUUUCGACGAAUCGUAUGUGUGCAUUGUACAUAAGUAGUAGUUAUUUAAAAAAAAAGAUGUUACGAAAGGAAUAGAGAGAAAGUAAAAUCGGACUGGUGAAGAGAGAGAAAGAAAAAGAGAGUGAAUGAGAGAAUGAGUGAACGAAUGAGAGAAGAAAGUUCAUCGAGUCGAUGAUAAUCCUAAUUCAAACAGAAACAAUAUUCUUCGUUAUCGAGAUUUCGUUCAGUUUAAAUUAUAAGUUAUUCUUGUAAAUAUAGUUCGGUAAUGUUUCUCAGCACAAAUCGCGUUGCUUAUACAAUUUUAGAACUUUUAUCCGGUGACAAUAGUAUAAUCUGUUUGAAAUUAAUUAUGCAUUGAAUAUAAUUGAGUACUAUCUUUCUUUUUUAUAAUCUUUUAGAUUUGAUUCUCUGAUGAUUGAAAAAAUCUUUUGUGAGUGGGUCCAACUCAGUGUUGUUCUAGUUAAUUUUUUGUCCACUUUCACUUUAUCAUCGGAAAUAUGUAAAUAUAGCACGUUUGUCGAAUAUAACCUUCGGCAUAUAAGAGAUAAUUCUUUUCGUUAAUCUCGAGAGAUCGAUUGAUUCUGAACAGACUAUACCGCGCCACUUAAAGAUGGAAAUAACGUAAAUGAUACUCGUCACAUAGAAAAAUCCUAAGCCCGAUAUCGUUCUCGUUUGGCAUGAUUGAGUUGAUCUUUCGAAUCAUCUUCUUUCCGUCCGGUAAAUCAAAAACAACAAAAGCGAAAGAAACGAACAUCGACAUACCGAAGAGAAAAUAAUGGAUAGAACCAGAGAAAAUGAAACAAAAUAAAUAAACAGAAUAAUUAUCGAGAUAGCACAAGCGCGAUCAUGAGGUACAUAUCACGGAAUUUGUAUAAAAGAAAAGCGUGUGAUAGAGAAAACGAACAUUGGUUGAUUAAUGUACUUAAAUGUGUAUUAAUACGCAGUUUGUUUCUUCGUUUCAAUUUUUUUUUUCUCUCUUUCCAUUUAGAAACGAAUAUAAAGAAUCAAUGUCGUGGAUAUCGUAAAUCUUCGUUUACAUUGAAGUAACUUGAUUUUUCAGGUUAGUUCGGAGAAUUGUAUAUACAACGAUGAUUAUAUAUAGUAUAUAUAUAUAAUAUUGCCUUAAGUACUUAUUAUUUUCUUUUAUUUUUUUUUUAUUUUUUACAUUUUUUUUCUUUCAUAUUGUACUUACAUAUAACUUACGCAUGUAAGUUAACUAUUCGUUUAAAUUUAUUUGGCUAGGAUCUAAAGGAUCUAAAUUAAAAUAGAAAUCAUCUUGACUGGUUUCUGUUUCUAACCUUAAACAUUUUCGAUCUGUUGCAAAACUAAUCUGUUUAUUCUCUCGGUAGUUUAUCAAAUAAUGUUUAUUUUGGAAAAUUUAUUAUAAAAAAAUGGAAAGAACAGGCAUCAGUUGAGACAUAUUCCAGUGUCUUGGCUCACUGAAAGAGAUUAUAGUGCAUUUAAGAUUGUUUAAUUUGUUACGUGAGCACACAAAAACACUGGAAUAAGGGAAAAGGGAUAAAAAUACAAAUGGAAAUAAUAUACGACAGAUGCACCGCGUGCCAAAUUUGAGAAAAGUGCAACCGCAUUAUCUGCGAAUUACUUCAACAUCGUGCACGCUUCCGUGGUUGUGUUGUACAUAGUAUCGCUGAUCGAUUCCUGAAUCAAUGUACGACUGCGUGUAUAUUUCGUGAAAGUAUCCUUGUUCGUUUUACAAUGUAUCUGCCUCUGUAAAGAUACGAUUUAUUAUAAUAUCUGUUGUGAUUACCAAA